AUGGCAGUAAAGGUACAGGCAGUCAUAGCAGCCUGGAAGAGCUUCGAGUUGCACAGUGUACAGAGGGAACUGGAUGAGACAGCCUCAGAGCUUGCUACUCGUCAAGAUGAGUCAGAGCACUCCCGAAAGAAGCUGGUAGAAUCUCCAGGGAGUUCAAGAAGAACUCCCCAGAGGAUGUACGAAAUUUGUGGAGACUGCAUUUUGAAUGUUUAUAAGAAGGUGAUCGAUAUUAGUGAUCCACUUCCCACCCUUGAGUACUGUGUUGGCCUUGAGAAAAAGAUAGGCCGUCUUGCUGACCUCGAAAUUGAAAACAAGAAUCUGAGAGAAACUCUGCGUGAAUAUAAUGAAGAGUUCAAAGAAGUGAGAAACCAAGAUGUAACCAUCAAAGCACUCAAGGAGAAGAUAAAGAAUUAUGAAGAUCUUAUGGAUAACAAUGUGCAGACCAAGAUUAAGGAGAUGGAAAGAGAGCUUUCACGUCAGUAUGCUGAGAAGGAGAGGCUGCUAGAGGAGACACAAGAAUCUGUAAUGAGGAGGCUGCAGGAUGCCGAAUCAAGAGCCCAGACUCUCCAGUCCACCCUGGACCAGACCCAAUCAGAACUGUUUGAGCUGAAGAGCAAGUCUGAAGAGUCAAAUUUUGCCCGGUCAGAUGAAAUUAACAUCCUGUUGAAUGAUCUUGAGCGGGCAAAUCAGAGAGCCACCAUAGCUGAAAGAGAAUCUGCACAGCUCAAGGAACAGCUUCAGAAGACCUUAGCAAGAUCAUCUCUUGAGAUAGAAUUGGCAUCUAAGGACAAGGAAAUAUCCCAAUUGGUAGAAGAUAUCAAACAGCUGCAGAAUUCCCUCAAUCUUCUUAGGGAAAGUUCCUCUAGCCAAAUUCGGGCCCUUGAAGAAAAUCAGGAAAGUAAUACUCAUACCAUUGCUACCUUGGAAGCCAAAGUUCAGCAGCAAAGGGAUUAUGAUGAAAUCAAAAGGGAACUGAGUAUCAUGAAGUCUGUUGAAUUUAGUUCCAUUUCUAAGGAUGGCGGAGAAGAGAGCAGUUUUGAAAGCUCCUCUAAACCACUAGAAGUGCUCCUCUUAGAGAAGACAAAGACCCUUUCCUCUUUGUACCGUGGUGAAGGUGAAGGUUCUUCAGUGCCAGAAAUAGUAGCCGAGGCAGUUAGGGCUUCUACAAGUAGCACCCCUCCUCUCGGUACCCCUCAGUCUUCAAGGGAGCGUUUCCGUCAACGUAAUGAGGAGUUAGAAGCUGAACUGACUGGAAAAAGUCAGCAAGUAGUACUUCUUCAAAAUGAAUUGGAUAAUCUUCGUGCUGAUAACCUGAAACUAUAUGAAAAGAUUAGAUUUCUCCAGUCUUACCAAGGGCGACAAAGCAGUGAAGAUUCUGCAGCAGAAUCACGAUAUAGUAGCCAGUACGAAGAGGCACUAGAUCCCUUCUCGUCAUUCUCGCAGUCAUGUAAGCGUGAUUUUGCUUCUGACUGUGCUCAGAAAUUUGCAGAGCAUAUGAAUCAGGUUCAUGGUCAUAGUGAUUUCCAUGACUUUAACCAGUAG